AUGGCUGAAAAGACAGUAAAAUGGUUGUUUCUCAUUCUAAGCUACCUGUCCUUUGCUCUUCUCUUCUCGGCAGGCAACCCAUUGAUAAAGAAGACCUACAUCGUCCAAAUGGAAAAGUCUGCCAUGCCAACAUCAUUCUCUAGUCAGCUGGAAUGGUACUCGUCAAAAUUAAAGUCAGUAACGUCCAACACCAAGAGUGAAGGUGAUGGAGAUGAUGAAGAUAGGAUAAUCUAUAGCUACCAAAAUGCUUUUCAUGGAGUUGCUGCUCAGUUAACUGAAGAAGAAGCUGAGAGGCUAGAAGAAGAAGAUGGUGUAGUAGCUAUACUUCCAGAGACGAACUAUCAACUGCACACCACAAGGAGUCCCAUAUUCCUCGGAUUAGAACCAGAAGAGAGUACUAGCAUCUGGUCUAAAAGACUUCCAGACCAUGAUGUCAUAGUUGGAGUACUUGAUACUGGAAUUUGGCCAGAAAGUGCAAGCUUUAAUGAUACAGGGAUGACACCAGUGCCCGCUCACUGGAAAGGAAUAUGUGAAACUGGACGAAGCUUUGAAAAGCAUCACUGCAAUAGGAAAAUUGUGGGUGCAAGGGUAUUCUACCACGGAUAUGAAGCUGCCACCGGAAAAAUCAAUGAGAAAAACGAAUACAAAUCACCACGAGAUCAAGAUGGGCACGGUACUCACACAGCAGCCACUGUUGCUGGCUCUCCAGUACGUGGCGCAAAUCUCCUUGGUUAUGCCUAUGGAACAGCUAGAGGAAUGGCACCUGGUGCAAGAAUUGCAGCUUACAAGGUUUGCUGGACUGGUGGGUGCUUCAGCUCAGAUAUUUUGUCGGCAGUUGACAGAGCUGUGGCCGAUGGAGUAAAUGUUUUGUCAAUAUCUUUGGGUGGUGGGGUAUCAUCUUACUCUCGUGACAGUUUGGCAAUAGCAACUUUUGGAGCAAUGGAGAUGGGUGUUUUUGUAUCUUGCUCAGCUGGCAAUGGAGGACCAGAUCCAGUCAGCCUCACAAAUGUAUCACCAUGGAUCACUACAGUCGGUGCUAGCACCAUGGAUAGAGACUUUCCGGCUAACGUUAAGCUAGGAACUGGGAGAACUGUAACUGGAGUUUCACUCUACAAAGGCCGGAGGUUUCUGUUGGUAAACAAGCAAUAUCCUCUUGCUUAUAUGGGCAGUAAUUCAAGCAGCUCUGAUCCAAGUUCGUUAUGUCUAGAGGGAACUUUGGAUCCAAAUGCCGUUACUGGAAAAAUUGUGAUAUGUGAUCGUGGAAUAAGUCCUCGAGUGCAGAAAGGUCAGGUAGUGAAAGAUGCUGGAGGAGUAGGAAUGAUUUUGACAAACACAGUAGCAAAUGGGGAGGAGCUUGUUGCAGAUUGUCACCUCCUUCCAGCAGUUGCUGUGGGAGAGAUGGAAGGGAAGGCAAUCAAGCAUUAUGCUUUGACAAAUCGAAAAGCAACUGCAACUCUAGCAUUUCUUGGUACCAGAUUGGGGAUUAGGCCAUCUCCAGUGGUGGCAGCAUUUUCAUCUAGAGGACCAAAUUACCUCACAAUAGAAAUUCUGAAACCUGAUGUGGUCGCACCUGGGGUGAAUAUUCUUGCUGCCUGGACUGGAGAAUUAGGUCCAUCAAGUCUUCCAACAGAUCACAGGAGAGUGAAAUUCAAUAUACUAUCUGGGACUUCCAUGUCAUGCCCUCAUGUGAGUGGAAUUGCUGCCUUGCUCAAGGCCAGACACCCAGGGUGGAGUCCUGCAGCAAUAAAAUCUGCUCUAAUGACAACCGCAUAUGUUCAUGAUAACACCCGAAAUCCUCUCCAAGAUGCUUCGGUAGCUGCACCUUCAAGUCCGUAUGAUCAUGGGGCUGGACACAUAAACCCAUUGAAAGCUCUAGACCCAGGUUUGAUUUAUGACAUUGAAGCCCAGGAUUACUUUGAAUUCCUCUGCACACAGAAAUUAACUACAACGCAGCUAAAAGUUUUUGGCAAGUAUUCGAACAGAUCUUGCCAUCACACACUUUCCAGUCCAGGAGACUUGAACUAUCCAGCAAUCUCAGUGGUUUUCCCAGAAGACACAAGCAUUUCAGUUUUGACCCUCCACAGGACAGUCACAAAUGUCGGCCCUCCUAUUUCAAAUUACCAUGUUGUAGUUACACCAUUUAAAGGAGUCACCGUUAAAGUUGAUCCAGAAUCCCUAAAUUUCACCAGAAAAAACCAGAAACUAUCUUACAAGAUCACUUUCACAACAAAAUCUCCGCAAACAAUGCCCGAGUUCGGAGGGCUGGUGUGGAAGGAUGGAGUGCACAAAGUAAGAAGCCCGAUUGUUGUCACAUGGUUACCACCAUUGUAAAUUG